GUCAUCGAUUAUUCCCUUUCCGUAUCACCUGCAAGCGACACGAUGACGUCACGCGGCCACCUGACGCUUGGGCGUCGUGUUCCUGUUCGCUGUUGGCCAGCUAGCUGCGAUAAGAGCGUCAACAGACAUGUGGACGUCGUGCUGCAGCUGGAUGUGUUUGGAUUCUGUGGAUGACGAGAGGGGCGGUGUCGAGCCGCAGCAUCGGUCCUACACAAACUCCGCCUUCAGCACCAUGCCCUCGCCUGAACACACCUGCACAGCCUGCCAGGGGCGUCUGGACACGCCCACCACCAAGCAUGUGUGCGCCGACUGCAGGAAAAACUUCUGCGGCCGCUGCUCCACCCAGCUGGAGCCUCGCCCCCGCCUGUGUCACACCUGCCAGCGUUUCCACGGCAACCUGCUGCAGCGAGCCGAGCUGAUGAAGCUCAAAGUGAAGGAACUGCGCGACUACCUGCACCUGCACGGAAUCUCCACGGAACUGUGUCGAGAGAAGGAGGAGCUGGUGGAACUGAUCCUGGGCCAGCAGACCCCCCCAUCCGCAGAGCCGCCCUCUGUGACCCCUGACCAGCUGGACCAGACCUCCCACAUUUCCACCUCCAGCUCUGAGCCCCCCCUCGCCGUUCCAACAGAGACUCCAGAGGACGCCCCCACUGAUCCAGACUCCCUAGACCCCGACCAGGGAUCGGACCCCGAGGAGGAGGAGGAGGAGGCGGGGGGCGUGCCGGGCCGCAGGGCGUCCUUGUCGGACUUGACCAGCGUGGACGACAUCGAGGCUCUGAGCGUGCGGCAGCUGAAGGAAAUCCUGGCCCGCAACUUUGUCAACUUCAAAGGCUGCUGUGAGAAGUGGGAGCUGAUGGAGCGAGUGACGCGCCUCUUCCACGACCACCAAACCUUGUCGGUACCUGAGGGCGAGCUCCCCAGCCCGGAAGGCAACAUCUGCCGCAUCUGCAUGGACGCGCCCAUCGACUGCGUCCUGCUGGAGUGCGGUCACAUGAUCACCUGCACCAAGUGCGGCAAGAGAAUGAACGAGUGUCCCAUCUGCCGGCAGUACGUCAUCAGGGCCGUGCACGUCUUCCGCUCCUGAGGCCUCACCGCGCAGGUACAAAGGCAGCGAUCCCCUCCAAAGACGCAGCACGCUUUUAUUUUGUAGGGCUGUGGAGGACAGGGCCACCUCAACCUUUGACCUGUUUGCAAGGCGUCUUUUUUUAACGAGCGCUCGCGCCGCUUAACAUCUUGAAUGUAAAUAACCUACGCUCGGCUAACCAGGACCACGUCUUCCUUUGCGCUGAGGAGGUGACAAAGUUGCACUCCGGAACUUUAUUCUUUUUGGAAUGACUUGAAACAAAGUGAAAAGUUGCCUCUCCUCGCUCCUUUUGUACUAAACACAUUUUGUAAAUAUUUCUUUCUCAGCACUCAAACUUGACGAUCAAAAGAUUGAUGCUAACAUGCAAGUCUAAUAAAUUAAAUCCACUUUCUUUA